AUGGCGUACCCAGAGUUGAUCGAAAAUGUUACCUGUUCAGUUUCGCAGGAACUUUUAGAGUCAUAUAUAUCUCACUUCCUUCAUAUCUAUCUAUCUAUCUAUCUAUCUAAUCUAUCUAUCUAUCUAUCUAUGUAUGUCAGUCUGAACAUACCUUUUAUUUUCUUUCUUAUUUUUGAAAAAACUCUUUCUUUCUUUUUUCUUUCUUUCUUUCUUUCUUUCUUUCUUAACAACUCUUUGUUUUUACUCUUUCUUUCUUUCUUUCUUUCUUUUUUUCUUAACAACUCUUUGUUUUUACUCUUUCUUUCUUUCUUUCUUUCUUUCUUUCUUAACAACUCUUUGUUUUUACUCUUUCUUUCUUUCUUUCUUUCUUUCUUUCUUUCUUUCUUUCUUUCUUUCUUUCUAUUCCACUUGAUUUUGUGGAGGAUUUUCUACGAUGUUUUAUUACGUCAUUAUCUAUCUAUCUAUCUAUCUAUCUAUCUAUCUAUCUAUCCUUUUCAUAUAGGAAUUAAUUUUCUCAUAUCUAUCUAUUCGAAGACGACACGUCCAUUCGAAGAAUGGAUAUUGAUAAACGUUUCAUAUUUUUUUCUUUCUCUAUCUAUCUAUCUAUCUAUCUAUCUAUCUAUCUAUCUAUCUAUCUAUCUAUCUUUUUUUUUUUUUUUCUAUCUAUCUAUCUAUCUAUCUAUCUAUCUAUCUAUCUAUCUAUCUAUCUAUCUCUGUUUCUUUCUUUCUUUCUAUCUAUCUCAGCCACUUCAUAUCUAUCUAUCUAUUUAUCUAUCUAUCUAUCUAUCUAUCUAUCUAUCUAUCUAUCUAUCUGUUUGUCUGUCGCCUAUUCCCAUCUAUUUCAGUAUAUUAUUCAUCUAUCUAUCUAUCUAUCUAUCUAUCUAUCUAUCUAUCUAUCUAUCUAUCUAUUACAUUUUGAUACCAAGCAGAAAUGUCCAAGUGAAACACGUUAGAUUGAUAAACGUUUCAUAUCUAUCUAUCUAUCUAUCUAUCUAUCUAUCUAUCUAUCUAUCCCUGUUUGUUUGUUCAUUUCUUUCUUUCUUUCUUUCUUUCUUUCUUUCUUUCUUUCUUUCUUUCUUUCUUUCUGUCUAUCCCAGACUUUUCAUAUCUAUCUAUCUAUCUAUCUAUCUAUCUAUCUAUCUAUCUAUCCCUGUUUCUUUAUUUCUUUGUUUCUAUCUAUCUAUCUAUCUAACUAUCUAUCUAUCUAUCUAUCUAUCUAUCUAUCUAUCUAUCUAUCUAUCUUGCUUAUUUACACCAAGUAUGAAUCGAAUCGAAAGAGAUAUGAUCGCCCACGUCUGUACUUGA